ACCUUCCCCUGACCUAACAUUUCCCAGUUUUUUCACAAAUUUCAAGAAAUUCUUAGAGAGAGAGUGGAAUUUUGUUUUGUUUUUGGUGUUGCUAGGUUUUUUUGCAGGUUCUUCAUUUGGGUUUAUUUUUAAUUCAGCAAACAAACUUUCAAUGGAGGCACACACAGCAGCAAUGAUGACUGGCUCCUCAAAUGUUAUAUUUAUGUCGACUAUUCUGGGUCAGGAUGGACCAAACCCAGGACACAAGUGUGAUUGGAAAUGUCAAAACGAGCAUGUCUGUGGAAAUAUGUACCGAUGCAGACUUACUGGGCAGACUCAUAUUUGUGACAAAAACUGUAACCAGCGAAUUCUAUAUGGUAAUCACAACUCGCUGUGCAGAGUCAGUGGACAGGUUUUCCCACUUACACCUACGGAGCAGCAAGCAGCUAGAGGUGUCCGCAGGAAGUUUGAAGCUGAGGCUUGUCCUUCCGAGAGCUGUUCUUUCAAGCGUCGUCGGGAUUCAAACUUACAUCCUUCACCUUUCGAGAGAUCCUUUUCUGCUGUCAGCCCAAUCUGCAGUCAAAUUGGAGAUGGCAUGGACUUGAACUAGAUAACUCAAUAAGCUUAAUGCGCCUUUUUUUUCUAACCUUUUUAUUUUCCUAGUUCGUUUAACUUUUACAUUGUGGUGAACUAUGUGAGAAUCUUAAUUGCGGAACCCUGUGCACCCCUUAUGUGCGGCAGAAGAAUUUUUAUUUCUAAAUUUAGUGGUUAUGUAGAAAACUUUAAGACUUCAUCUACUUUGGUGCUCCUAUGUUGUCAUAUUCCAUGUUUACUCUGAAUUUAAUUAGCUAUAAUAUGAUUAGUAUCUCUCUGAUAUCUGGUGUACCUUGUUGCAGCAUUAACUAUGAUCCAGACUUUUCUUUUUAUCUCUUGCCUACUUGGUUGGGAAUGUCUCAGACAUCUUUGUUUGUUAUAUUCUACGAUUGUAAUAAUGCUAUAUCUUCAGCUUGCAGCUUGUAGAACACUUUCUUCUUUAUUUUAGUUGUAAGUUGUAUCUCUUGAUCCCUGCUUCCCUCCCUGCCCCAACCCCAAUCCAAAAAAUAAAAUCAAAGAAUUGGGGAACAAAGGGAGGAGGAGCAACAUAGAUACAUCUGACUUUUGUUAUAACUCAUUGUUUGUUUUGACAUGUGUGCUCUUUUUGGUGUUAUUUUGCAGGUUACAAACUUUUUCUAGUCAGGGAGUUAUAAUUUGCUUAUGUGUACUAUAUGAUUUCUUGAGUAUAAUUUCUACACAACGAAAUUACUAAUAAACUUUCUUUCAUUGCCUUUCCAGGAAUGCAGAAAUUUGGCUAUUUGUGGUGUUUCAUGAAGGUGUCUUAAACACUAAUCAAUUGGACAAUCUGCAAGUGUCAGCUGAUAGGCUAUUAAUCUCUGCUUCGAGAAUUGAAUCAACAAGAUGAAUUUUGGAAGACAUCCUGUGGUGAUUCAGAUCUGCCCUGGUAUAGGUUUUAGGAGGAUCUCUGCUUCUCUAUUGAAUAUCAUGAUACAAUUCUCCAGUGCUUCUCCGGAAGUUGAUGCUGAUUUCAGAUAAGGUUACUGUAUCAGCCUUUGUUUUUGGAGUUUCAAUGAUUAUUUGGCUCAUCACUUCCCAUCCAUUUGAGAUUUAUAUACUCUUGUCCUGUAUUACCAACCAGUAGUUUGAAUGCUGUACGAGUUGCUUCUUUGCAGCUUCGAAUCUCUAAUUCCUGCAGUUUUAUCUUGGAGGCAGUUGUAUUAUCUGAAGGCAUGAAUUUAUGAUGAACAGAUAGUUGACAUGCUUCAAUUUGCAAUCUUUUUCAUAGAACUACUGUCUUUGAACUUCCUGAAGUCCUUUAUGGGAAACAAUUGUAUUCUCUGAAGGCUUGAAUAUGUUGGAUGAAGAGCAGUCUGAAAGUAUUUCUGAUAAGUUUUGCAAGAUGAUUAUAGAUUUUAGUUUGUAAGAGAUGGCAGAGCUUUUUAGUGAGAUCAGGGUAUGAGCAUUACAUUUGAUGUAAUGUAAUUAGUGAUAAUUGAAUCUUAGCAUUGUGUAUUAAUAAAGGAUGUAAUGUAAUCAGUGAUAAUUGAAUCUUUAUCUCUUUGAUCUUUUAUGACAAUGCAUUGGUUUCAAUACA